AACGGUGCAUGGUAGGCUGGUGUUUUUUAUAAUGGAUGAAAAACCCGGUUGCACAAUAUUAGCUAAGGGUUCAUUUUCAUCUCCCUAUCUUUAAUGUGACGGGUGAAAAAUAAAUGCACGGACACACCUUAGCUUAUGUCAAGGUGGUGAGUGUAUAUUCGUACCAGUGCUCAGUCAUUACACUCAUUUCUGGGAAAGUGUGUAACCUACUCCGAUUCAAGGUACAUUCAGUGGAGACAGUAGCACUAGCAGCCGAAUUUUACGUCUUCUUCUCUUCCUUUUUAAAUGGCUAGGCUACUUGUACGCGAUACUUGAUUCUGUUACGGCAAUUAAUGUUUUUAAUAUUCGAGUUACUUAGACUGUUGAAUGAAGAUGUGUGACGUCAGGAGACCGCAAGUAGCACUUGUCGUAGCCUACAUUGGGAUAAAAAGUUACAAAGCUAGCUAAUUAGGCUAUAUGUUGUAUUUUGUCGCUCUUUGGCUAGGCGCAUUUUCUAAACUUCUGAAACUUCGAUGACGUUACAUGGGACCGCUUAUUCCGUUGAAUUCUCAGUAAAUUGGCAUGGAUAGACCCGAUCUUCAAAGACUGUUUUCAGCGUGCGACGUAAAUAAAUCGGGUAAAAUUGAGUAUGAAGAUUUUACCGUAGUUUGUCGAGAGCUAAACGUCCCCAAUACCGAGGUCAAGACUUUGUUCAAUAAGUUUGACAUAGAAAGAGUUGGAUAUGUCGACUUCGGCGAUUUUUUGGCCCGGUUCAACGAGGUUUCUGAAACGCUGGACUUUACUGCACUUGGAGAAGUGCAACAUGGAAGAAGCGCUUGGGACGAAUUUGAGGACACAAUGGAAGGCGAUACGAGUUAUUUGGGAGGUGCCAGGGAGCAACUGGCCGAGCUCUACCAGCAAAUCCACUCGACGUCUGACAUUGCCCUCCUGCGUCAGUGUGAGACUGUGAUAAAGACGCUGGUGAAGGACUGCAAGGACCAGGUCUCUGAGAGCCAGCAGCUGGAGACCAGCCUGAGAAGGGUGGAGGAGAUGACUUCUCGUCAGCUGACGGAGCUGGAGGAGGACCUGCAGGAGCAGCUGCUUCAGAUGGAGAAGAGGGUGAGAGCGGAGGAGCAGCAGAGGAUGGAAGCGGCCAUGAGUGAGAUGCAGACCAGGCACGAGGGGGAGGUGGCAGACCUGCGGGCCACUGUGCAGAGACUCAUGAAGCACCAGGAGGAAUCACAGUUUGGCAGUCCCAGAGUGGACGUCCGGCAGCUGAGGAAGCAGAUCCGCGAGACAGGGCAGGAGAACGAGGCGCUGCGGAGCUCCCUCCUCGGCGCGCAGACCAGCGUCUCCAUCCUGCAGGCGGAGCUGGACCAGCUGAAGAACGAGUACGCCGACGAGCGCCUGCAGCACGAGAGGGAGAACAGCGACUUGAAAAAGAUGCUUGCGGAAUGCCAGUCCUACUCCAGCCACAUCGGAAUCCUCCAGGAAGUGAACAGGAAGCUGUACGACAGCAACGACGGGCUGCGGUCAGCGCUGGCCAUGAACGCGGCCACCGCCAAGAGGAGGCUCUCGCCCAAAGAUGAGACCCCAACCAGGAAGCUCCGGUCCGUUCCGCAGAGCACCCGCAACUGCAGUAUUGCCAGCGAGGACGAGGCCAUGUCUGUCGACUCGACUGGCGGCCAGUACUCCCACGUCACCAGCUGGGCAGAGCGGUACCUGGACGGCAGACCGUCGCCGAGGCUGGGCAUGGCGGACGGCUCGAGCAGCGAGUACGACAGCGACAACACCCAGGACUCCGUGGAGACGGUGCACCGCAGCUGCUCCUACACGCCCUCCGACAUCGAGAUGUCCGAUCUGAAGGCGGAGGACUCGGUUUCCAUGGCGCCCAGCAAGACCAGCUCCGUGGCUUCUUCCAUUCGCAGGCGACUCUCAGCCUUCACGUCUAAGCAUGUGGAUGUAGACACUCCAAUCUCUGAAGAGCCCUCCCCCAUGUACAGGCUUGUCCUGGCGGGAGACGCGGGUUCGGGGAAGUCCAGUUUCCUGCUCAGGCUGAGCUCAAACGAGUUCAAGGGAGACAUGCAGUCGACGCUGGGUGUGGAUUUCCAAAUCAAAAGGAUGCUGGUGGAUGGAGAAAAGACUCAUCUGCAGAUCUGGGACACUGCUGGACAAGAGAGGUUCCGGAGCCUUGCCAGGUCCUACUUCCGCAGAGCGCACGGAGUUAUACUGCUGUACGACGUCACUUCGGAGACAAGCUUCCUCAGCGUGCGAGAGUGGAUGAACCACAUUCAGGACUCCACGGACGAGCGCCUCCCCACCUGCCUGAUCGGGAACAAGGCGGACCUGCGGGCGGCGCUGCCGGAGGGGGGCUGCGUGAGCGCCGCUGACGGGGAGAAGCUAGCCAAGACGUAUAACGCCCUGUUCUGUGAGACCAGCGCCAAAGAGGGAACCAACGUGGUCGAAGCAGUGCUCCAUCUUGCACGGGAAGUGAAGAAGCACGCAAAGCUGAGACGGAUGUCGGAUCCGCGAACAAGGCUGAGUUUGACCAACGAGAAGAAGAAAGCGCUCAGUAGCUGCUGUGGAGUGUAGCCUGAGUGCGUCUGCCAGCUGGAGGAGCCGGUAACCCUUCAGACUGUAUUCCAGCAGUUUCCACACGAUGCUAAAGGUGUACUUGUAUUCCAGCAGUUUCCACACGGUGCGACCAUGCUAAAGGUGUACUUGUAUUCCAGCAGUUUCCACACGAUGCUAAAGGUGUACUUUUAUUACAGUGGUUUUCACACGGUGCACUUCCUUUCUGGAAAUCUGAUUUCUAGGAGUUUUAAAAUGUUUUGUAUUUCUUUUAAGUACACCUGGAGCAUGCUUUUGAAUUAAGAGAUUUCGUUAACUUGGCGGUUUCCUUACUGCCAGACUUUUUCCGAGGACAACACAAAAAGGUACGCUUAUCUGUUUUUAUUUUUUUGUUAAGAAAAUGUCUGUAAAAUCAAAAACACUGAAGCACUGGACUACAGUAAAUACUGUAACUAAGAUGCCACCAAAUGUUUGAACACAAGAAUCGGGCUCCACGGGGAUAAUGCAGAACUGUAUUUAUUAAAUUUGUUGUUAUAACUAUAUUGUGUACAGGUAUGUUGUACAAUUUAGUUUUGCAUUGAAGAUUCUUGUUGCGGCAAAACCAGUUGUACAAAUGUCAAUCAUUUUUGUAUUACUUUUGAAAAAUACAGAUCUCACUAAUGCUUCGGAGUCCUUGUUUUAAAAAUAGCUUUCCUGUUGGAGAAUACCAGAGCAAGAUGCAAAAUGAGCCAUGCUGAGGACACUAAGCAAAUCGCUGGCAUCCAAGAGCAGCAACACUUUUCAAUAAUUAUGAAUCAGGUCCGUCAUCAGUCAAAUCAGUGUGUGAAAUAACUGAAUCAUCACAAAACAAGCUGUUUAACAUUAUUUACCUGUGUAGCAUAUCGCCUUUCUUUAUAUUGGUGACAUUACUUCUCCUACAGCCAAGUAUCGCAGUCAGUGCCUCACCAAAGGCUGUAGCAGUCGUUUUCCACUUGGGAUUCAAUACCAUUUCCAUAAGACCUCCUGAACUUGUUUAGAGAGCGGUUAACACGUGUUUUGUAUUUUGUGGAUCGUCCCCCUGUACAUACACAUCGAACCCUCAGAGUUAAUUCAAAGGGUUUACUGCCGAUUGUAUUUCAAACUAUAAGCUGUAUAUACAACCCAAAUUCCUCCUAAAACCUCAAGAUUAAAUUGUAAUAAAUGUAUUUGACUCUUUGUAAACAUGCAUUUUACUUUCUAUUUUAGUCUAAGCCAGAUUUGUAUGGUCUAAAACAUUCUUACUUGACUAUGUUUGUCCCUUGUGAGCCCACUUCCCUGUUCCAGCCAGAGGAAGAUGUAAACAUGCAUCCACUUCCUAUACGCCACAGUCACCCUUGGCUUGCUUUUGUUGGGGUUUAGGCCAGGGGACAACCACCACACCACAGAAGAUCAAAUAAUAAACACAAACUAUAAAGCUACGUUUUAUUUAAAUUAUUUCAAGUCACGGGGGGAAAACAGUUUGAUACAAAAAUACAAGAUGGUUAUGUAGAUCCAAGCUCGACAGCCAUGCCUUUGCUCCCUUGAUCUUUACACAGUAAGCAUUGCUCAGAGGAGAGAAGCUAUUUCCAGAGUAAGAGCUAGAUCAGCACCUGAAGUACAAUUCAAAACCUCAACUUACAAAUACACCUUCCAAAGCUACAUAACCCCUCCCCCCCUAACAUAGGAAAGAGUACAGGCAGAUAAAUGAUCUAAAUUCUGGA